AUGCUGAAAGAAGGGUGUUUUUGGCAAAUCAAAACUAAUUAAUUUUACGAAAGAUUAACAAAAAAGAAGAUGGAAUCUGAGAAAAUUGAAUAGGACAUGAUUAAGAGAAAUUUCCAUCUUCAAAAGAACAUAUCUUUUUUUUUGACGCAAACUGAGAAUGAUCAGCAAAACUGA